AUGGAUUACCAGGGUCUCAGUCAAUCACUUGCGUAUGUUAUUUUUCAGUCUCACAUGCCGAGUAAACGUGAACCACUAACAUCAUCGUUUUCAAGUUCUAUAGCAAACGCAUGCUGCGGGCUUAUUUAUACGCCACAGAUAUAUAUGAAUUACAAUCGGAAAAGUGCAGGGUCGGUUUUGUAUGUUACGGGAAUGAUACCUGUGGAUAAUAGUAGCAUGCAUGCAUCCGAUAGUCAGGGCAUUUCUGUCUUCAUGAUAUGGCAGUCAUAUCAGUGUGCGGUUUUCGAUAUGGUCUUGUUGCUUCAAUACAUGUUUUAUGCCUUCAAAAAGUACCGAAAUCGUGACCCCGUUCACUCGUCCUCCUCAGAUGACCCUAAUGACUGCGAUACCUUACCCUAUGCGACCGAGAAGGACAUUAAGAAGCCAACGGCUUCAAGGAUGGGCAAUCGCUUGAACGUCUUUUUCUUCAACUACAAGAGUGUUUGGUGGUACGCCAUCCUCGGCGGAUGCAUGCCCUUGAUUUCCAGCCAUUUCCACAUUCUCGAGUCGCUUUACAGCGGAGUAGACGUGGAUUCAGAUAAUGAACUGAUUUUCAACAAAACGGCACAAAAACAGGGCUGGUGGGCUGUCGCAACGCUCCUGUUAUGGACAAUCUACGAGAUUGUGCAAAACCAUAAAACAAAGUCUUGUGAACAUUUCUCACCCCUAUUUGUUCUCUUCAAAUGUCUAGAGGCAGUCUUAUGGGUGGCCCAUAUCUUGACUGCGAGUACUGGAAAGAAGUACAUGUUGACAUACGCUCCAUGGCUUGUCGGCUAUCUGGGGAUCAUAGUUUUGCACUCAGUGAUACUUUACCAGUUUCACAUUUACGGGAAAAAGGGCGAUUUCUACACUAAACGUUAUUGGAUAGGGUGA